AUUCCUACUUGGCGUCAAGUGUUCGAGCCACCGUUGUAACCAAUUUUUGUUUGUGAUAAUCUUGUUCCGUUACGUUUUCAGAAAGGGUAGGAACCAUUGUGUGCAUUGUUUCCGCUCGAGCAGUAAGUUAAGUUGAACCCAAUCACGUUCGUCUCCAAAUUGAUUUUUUUCUCCCUUCUUUCGGCGAAAAAAAAUGGAGAAUACAUUUUGACGAGCUAUUUAAGCUGGCGUCGAGUCCAUUUUAAACGGGCUCGUCACAUGUCAGGACCCCGUCUACCAAUUCUCGCUCGGAACAGGUUAGCUUAGCUGAGCGCAGGUGAGCUAUAUGCUAUUGCUACAUGCUACGUGUCCAGACAUUGGUAGAAAUGCCGACGCCGCCGACAUGAGCGACUCUCGGCCGGAGGAAAAAUGCUGAUCGCUGGACGAGUUAAAAUGAAGUCCGAUUAAACGAGAGCGAUCGUCAGCAUGGCCGAUAUUCAGGACUCACGCAGGAGUUUGAAUUGUGUUUUAAAAAAGUGAACGAUUGAAAAAGCACGAUGAUGUUCUCAUCGAGGAGGAAACCUGUGCUCUACUUUAAGGAACAGAGAAGGUUAACAUGGGACCAUUGUUCGGUGUACAAGCUGUUCGGCGUUUGUUUGCUGCUGCUGCUUGCGUCCCUGCUGUGGCUGCAGCUCAGCUGUUCGUCAGACAUGGCCGCUGCCGCCUCCUCGCAGCGGGACGGACGCCUCCCGCAGCAACCGCCCCCAGCGUGCCGAUCCGAGAGCAGCCCGCGAGAUGAGGAGUCGUGGGGUCCGCACAAGUUGGCGCUGCUGGUGCCCUUCAGGGAGCGCUUUGAGGAGCUGCUGGUUUUUGUGCCUUUCAUGCACUCCUUCCUCAACAAGAAGAAGAUCGCGCACCAGAUUCUCAUCAUCAACCAGGUGGACCAUUACAGGUUCAACCGGGCGUCGCUGAUCAACGUGGGCUACCUGGAAAGCGCCAACGACACGGACUACCUGGCCAUGCACGACGUGGACCUGCUGCCCCUUAACGACGCGCUGGACUACGGCUUCCCAGCCGACGGGCCCUUCCACGUGGCCUCGCCGGACCUGCACCCCCUCUACCAUUACAAGACCUACGUGGGCGGCAUCCUGCUGCUCACCAAGAAGCACUACCACAUGUGUAACGGGAUGUCCAAUCGUUUCUGGGGGUGGGGCCGCGAGGACGACGAGUUUUACAGACGGCUGCGAAAGGCGGGCUUGCAGCUGUUCCGGCCGAGCGGCAUCACCACGGGAUACAAGACCUUCCUGCACGUGCACGACCCGGCGUGGCGCAAGCGGGACCAGAAGCGUGUGGCAGCCCAGAAGCAGGAGCAGUUCAAAGUGGAUCCUGAAGGGGGCCUCAGCAACCUGCGCUUCCAUGUGGAGUCCCGCCAGGAGCUUACUGUAGGGGGCGCCCCCUGCACCGUUAUCAACACAAGGCUGGAUUGUGACCAAGACCAGACGCCCUGGUGCCUCUUGUAGGACAUGCACGCAAACACGCACGCAGGCUGCCACACAAGCAUUUUAUUUUGGAAAGCUCCUGAAUAGGAACCAGUUGAGGCACAAUUAGGCAGUGUUGGGAAUGCCUCCCUCCAGUGCCAUGAAAUCAGAGAGGUGGCCAUUUUGUGGUCUGGUUGGAAUGGAGGCUAUCCCUGAAAUCAGGUUUACCAACCUUUUAUUUUUUUAACUAUAAAAGGAGCGUUCCCCCUAAAUGUGUGUCUGUGUAAAUUACAAUUCAAGGACACUAAACUCCUGCUCAGCAAAACAACAUGAAGUGCAAAAACUCA